AUGGCACGGUCGUGGACACACAAACAUUACAUCACAGUGAGUUUUCCCUCUCAGAGCGGAGGAGUCGCGUCAGGGUUUCACCAUGUGGUCACCAACGAGCUGACCGCCAGCAGACUGCUGCACAUCAAAGGCCGCCGUGUUGUCAGGGCAACGCAGGUGCCGCUGGGCUGGUCCAGCUUCAACAGUGGAGACUGCUUCAUCCUCGACCUGGGCCAUACCAUCUACCAGUGGUGUGGCUCCAAAUGUAAUAAGUUUGAGAGGCUGAAAGCGGCGCAGAUGGCCCGCGGUAUUCGCGACAACGAGUGGAAUGGUCGCGCUCAGCUGGUGGUGGUGGAGGAGGACAGUGAACCAACUGCUCUGAUUGAGGUGCUGGGAGAAAAGCCCGAACUGCCAGAAGGAGAUGAUGACGAGGACUUCAGCGCCGACAUCUCCAACAGGAAAAUGGCCAAACUCUAUAUGGUGUCUGACGCCUCGGGCUCCAUGAAGCUGACAGUGGUGAGAGAAGAGAACCCCUUCCACCAGAGCGACCUUCUGUCUGACGAGUGCUUCAUCUUGGACCACGGCAAAAACAACAUCAUCUUUGUUUGGAAAGGACGUAACGCUAACGCUGAGGAGCGGAGGGAGGCCAUGAAGACCGCAGAGGGGUUUAUCCAGCAGAUGGGAUACCCCGCCAACACACAGAUCCAGGUGCUUCCGGAGGGAGGGGAGACGCCCAUGUUCAAGCAGUUCUUCAGCGGCUGGAAAGAGCGCGACCAGAGCCAGGGUCUGGGCCAGGUCUUUGUCACCGAGAGGAUCGCUCAAAUACAACAAGUGGAGUUCGAUGCCUCUAAGCUGCACCAGUCCCAGCACAUGGCGGCGCAGUACAACAUGGUGGACGACGGCAGCGGAGACACCAAGAUCUGGAGGGUGGAGAGCAGUGGGCGAAUCCCGGUGGAGGAGAGCUCGUAUGGACAGUUCUAUGGAGGAGACUGUUACAUUAUACUGUAUACGUAUGGCAGCAGACAGAUCAUCUACACAUGGCAGGGGGCCAGCAGUUCUCUGGACGACCUGACCGCCUCUGCGUUCCUCACUGUAGAGUUGGAUCGUUCUUUGGGAGGAAACGCAGUGCAGGUGAGAGUGUGUCAGGGUAAAGAGCCCCCACACCUCCUCAGCCUGUUCAAGUCCAAGCCCCUGGUGAUCUAUAAGAACGGGACGUCCCGCCUGGGGGGCUCUGUUCCUCACCCCGACAAACAGCUCUUCCAAGUCAGACGCAACCUGGCGACCAUCACCAGGAUCGCGGAGGUGGAGGUGUGUGCUGCCAAUCUGAACUCCAACGACGCCUUCCUGCUGAAGCUGCCGCAGGGGAGGGGCUUCCUGUGGAUGGGUAAAGGGGCCAGUGAGGAGGAGCAGAGAGGGGCCGAGUACAUGAGCCGAGAGCUGCAGACCACAGCCACACUCAUCAUGGAGGCCAGAGAACCAGUGGAUUUCUGGGAGGCUCUGGGCGGCAGGGCUGACUAUCAGACUUCUGCAAACCUGGAGACUGAAACCAUGGCCCACCCCCCACGCCUGUUCGGGUGCUCCAACAAGACCGGGAGGUUCAUGAUAGAGGAGGUUCCUGGAGAGUUCACUCAGGACGACCUGGCUGAGGACGACGUCAUGCUGUUAGACGUUUGGAAUCAGGUCUUCGUCUGGAUCGGAAAAGACGCAAACGAAGUGGAGCGGACCGAGUCUCUCAGAUCAGCCAAGCAGUACAUCAAGUCGGACCCCAGCGGCCGGGACAAGCACACCCUCCUGGUGGUGGUGAAGCAGGGCUACGAGCCGCCCAUCUUCACCGGAUGGUUCUUGGCCUGGGACCCUCAGCACUGGGACAGCCUCAACCGCAGCAUGAAGUCUCUGACCGUGUAG